GCAGAGACAUACAGGGAAAACGAGUCUCUCAAAGCCCUGCCCCUGACUAAUCCAGAAGCACACAGAGGUAGAGCAAAGCAGGAGGGAGUGUUUGUUUUUUGCCUUUUCUUCUCUGAUUACACGUCAGACAGCAGAGCUUGAGAGUUUCUGGCUUUGCUCUGCUGUGCCGUGCUGCAGUACCUGGCAAUCACUGAAAUGGCUGCUUUGCCUGCUUACUAAUUGGGGCACUACAUUUUUCUUUCGAAAGAUUCAUUUUCUGGCAACUGGUUUCAGGAAUUUUUUAAGAACAAUAACAAGUAGCAGCUGAGCCAUCAAGGUCUAUGACACGGUGAGCAGGAACAAGGCUCCAUUCAAGACAAACAGGUGUUUCCUGAAGUGCUAACAGCUCACCUCAGACCUUGUUCUCCUAAAAUGGCAGAGAGCCCAACAGACACACACUCGAUAUCCAGCCUGCCCUGGUACAUUGCUGGCUCUCAGAUUGUUGGUUUAACCGUGGUCGUCAUUACUGGGGUUUGGAUGGGUCACUACAGAGGUGGCUAUGAAUGGACCAAUCCAGCACUAGAAUUCAACAUCCAUCCUCUCUGCAUGGUCAUUGGAAUGGUGUACCUCUAUGGAGACGCUAUCCUUGUGUACAGGGUGUUUAGAAAUGAAAAGAAGAGGACUACAAAAAUCCUGCACGGUGUAAUCCAUGUCAUUGCACUUGUGAUCUCCAUUGUAGGUUUCACAGCUGUGUUUGAUUCGCACUCCAAGAGCGGCGUUACUCACAUGUACUCCCUGCACAGCUGGUGUGGGAUGAUGACCUUCAUCAUCUUCUGUGUUCAGUGGGUGAUGGGCCUGACGUUCUUCCUGUUCCCUGGAGCGGCCUUCUCUCUACGUAGCUGGUAUAUUCCUCUGCAUAUUUUUUUUGGGCUGGGGCUGUUUGCCCUCUCCAUUGGCACUUGCCUGCUCGGGGUUACAGAGAAGGUGAUGUUCAGUAUUAGUAGUGAAUACUCCAAAUUAUCUUCAGAAGGUGUAUUGGCCAAUGUGUUAGGACUACUGCUGGUGAUUUUUGGUGUCACCGUGGGCUAUGUCACCACAAGAGAAGAAUGGAAACGCCCCCCUAAUCCAGAAGAGCAAGCCCUCUCCAUGGACUUUAAGACUUUCACUGAAGGGGAGGACCUUGGAUCACCCUGAGCCUGGUGUUGGUCUGAGGCCUUUACCUUUAAUGUGUUAAAGUAACUAACUACCCUUGUGCUGGAACUUCAGUCUCUGUGUGCCAUGAUGAAGCAAUUACUUAAUGCAGUCAAAAUGCUGCUAAAAGACAGAGGUAAAAAUGGUAGUUUUUAGAUCAUAUUUUCACGUAUUUUGCUUGUUUUGACUUUACUUUCCAAGAGUUGUUUGUUUUUGAGAUGUGUACUCCAUAUCCAUUAGUCUUUACAGCACUUUAGCCAUAUCACAGAUAUUGGGAAAUCUUCAAAGGAUGCUGAGAAAUUACAAAUCAUCCACAAAUUAGUUACAUCAGAGCAUACUGCAAAGAAUUUGGCUUAAGCCCAUUGCAAGGAUUUGCACAUCCCUUGGAACUGAAGACACAUGGCUCCAUGGAGAUUCCCUUAGCUGCAGAUUACUUUUCCACAUAUCUACUGACUUUUAUGUUCAAGGGUAGCUGAUGGCCUUCCUUUUUACUGUAUAAGCAUGUAUGACAUUCGACCACACUCAUCUGCAUAGUUUUUUGUUUUCCUAUGUAAUAUAUUCCCCAACUUAAAUAAGUUUUACAUUUACUGUAAUUAAUUGGCCACCUUCACAAAUUCAACAAGCCAUCAUGAUUUUACAUCGUAGAUUAACAGAAUUUAUGACCAGAUGUUCUCCGUAUUACUACUAAACAAUGCAAUUAUGUUUCGUAAAAUGCACUUUAUAAAGGGA